AUGAAAGGCUACAAGGUAUUCAAAAAACCUUAUGUUCUUAUAGAAGACAUUCAGAACAAACAUCAGCCAUUCUACAAAGAAUACACAAACGGAGGAGCUCCAAAGUUGCACUUAGACAGCCCAGCGCUCUGUUGUCCAUACCAAACAUCAAAGAGAUACAAACAACCUGGAAAGCGGAGGCAAACAAGAGAGGGAUUUUGCGAAGUUUGUUAUGUGAAGUUUAGCAACUAUGAAGAGCACGUCAAAGAAUUUGAGCACAGAGUGUUUGCAAAAGACAACACAAACUACCGUAAGCUCGAUAUGUUCAUCUCCACAACAGUGUUUGAAAAAAUUGAUCCUUCAGAAAAUUGCAUUCCACAGUCUCCGACAUUCAAGCUGACUCCAAUCUCGAGUGGACGAAGUCAUAUAGGUCUCCGUCGCAGUGAGGAUGAAAAAUGUGCACAGACAUUGCACUUUUCAUUGGCUAGUACAGAGGGAGACAUUGGGCAAGAGGCAAUACCUUUUGAGCAUUUCAUUGCAGAAGUAUUUGAUAAGUAA